AAUUACUUUUCUGUAUAAAUUUAGGAGGAGAGAGCAAUGCGAAAGCCCUUCUCCAUUUUGAAUCCUCCUUCUCUUUCCACCAUCAUCCGUCGAGCGUCCAAGCGCCUCGCUGAUCGGAGAAAAAGAGGGGAGAUCGAUAAAUAAAAAUGGGUCGUGGAGUUAGCUGUGGAGGGGGGCAAAGUUCUCUGGGUUACCUAUUUGGGAAUGGUGACGCUCCUAAAUCUGCUGGAGAGCCUGCUGAAUCUGUUGAGAAACCAGCUCCUAAAUCUGCUGGAGAGCCUGCUGAAUCUGUUGAGAAACCAGCUCCUAAAUCUGCCGAACCUGUUCAGCAAUCAGCUCCUGCAACACAAGUUGAUAACAAGCAAAUUCCUGCUGGUAUCCAAGGGAAUCUAGCAAACAACUACCAGCGAUCUGAUGGCCAGAACUGUGGAAACUUUAUAACGGAUCGCCCAUCAACGAAGGUGCAAGCUGCUCCGGGCGGAGGCUCUUCCCUGGGCUUCCUCUUUGGCGACGGCGGCAGCAAGUGAGGAAAAGUGGAAAAGCAAUUUGUCUUCUCUGCUUACAUUCUGCGUUAUUGGUAAAAGACUUGGUCGUGUAUUAUUAUAUAGUUUCAUGUUGACAAUGCUCCUGUUGAAGUUUAAUGGUCACUCUGCUGUUUUCUACCAUUUGACUAACGAGAAAUCUAUUCCUAUGGGAUGGAUUGUGGUUUUAUAUUUCA